GGGUCCCAGACACCGCACAGUGCCCCAGGGCCUUCUGGGGCAACACAGUCUAUCAUGGAUCACUACAAAUUGUUUUAAAUUAUGCAUUUUCUGAGAAAACUUUAGAAUCACAUUUAUUUUAAAAGAAUAAAUUGGAUAAAAGAAAUAGACUGUUGCUCAUAGUCUCUGGCGCUUGCUCACGGGGAUAGCAAUGGCAUCGGUACCUUCAGUUGGUUGCCUUCUGGCCAAAAAUCAGUAUUAUCGAAAGGCCAGUAUUUCUUCAGUUAGCUCUGACUCUGUUAAUUUCAUAGAUGAAGACAAACCUCUUCAAGGGUUACCUGAAAUGGCAGAAUCCACCUGGUGGUUGAAAUCCUUUUUUCAUUCUGAACCUGUGCUUUCAAGUGAAAUAAGAAAAGAACUGUCUGUUAGUGGCACUAACUGUUGAUUCUGACAAUCAAAAUGACUCCACCUGCUGAGGUGCUACAAAUGUGAACAAGACCCGUCAGCUCUCAAGUUAUUCUAGAUAACGCUUCUCCAUUGCAA